AAAAAUAUCUGGAUUGAAGACCUCAAUGGCUGAAGGCGAGAGGAAGACAGCCCUGGAAAUGGUCCAGGCAGCUGGAACAGAUAGACACUGUGUGACAUUUGUAUUGCACGAGGAGGACCAUACCCUAGGAAAUUCUCUGCGGUACAUGAUCAUGAAGAAUCCGGAAGUGGAAUUUUGUGGUUACACUACGACCCAUCCUUCAGAGAGCAAAAUUAAUUUGCGCAUUCAGACUCGAGGUGCUCUUCCAGCUGUUGAGCCAUUUCAGAGAGGCCUGAGUGAACUCAUGAAUGUCUGCCAACAUGUGCUUGACAAGUUUGAGGCCAGCAUAAAGGACUAUAAGGAGCAGAAAGCAACCAGAAAUGAAUCCACAUUCUAGUCCCUUAUGCAGGAGGCAAAGAGGAUCUUUUCGAAUAUUCUGUUCAUGAUUGUGCAGUCCUCAGAAUUAGAAACUUGUGAUUACAUGCUCUGUCCUUUAGCAAGAUGUGGUUCUAGCUGUUGACCCAUUACAGCUAUUUGAAUCCCAGCAAGAACUUGUAUAUUUGCCUAAUAAAUUCCCUGUUUUGUUUAAACUUC